CUUCAUUUCCGGGGCGGGGCUGGCGCGGUGUGUGUGUGUCUCCGUCUCUCUCCCGCCCCCUCCCGCCUUACCCCCUACCCCCCUACCCGGGCCGGGCCCCGAGCAGCAGCAGCGGCGGUGGAGGCGGCACCGGCAGGAUGAGCGGAUCACAGAGCAAUGAUACCAAAAGACAGUUUCUACUAGGACGGCUGUUGGAUGCUGUUAAACAGUGCCAGAUCCGCUUUGGAGGAAGAAAGGAAAUAGCAUCAGAUUCCGAUAGCAGAGUUACUUGUCUGUGUGCCCAGUUUGAAUCUGUGUUACAGCAUGGCUUGAAGAGGAGUCGUGGAUUAGCAUUAACGGCGGCAGCAAUCAAACAGGCAGCAGGAUUCUCUAGCAAGACAGAGACAGAACCUGUAUUUUGGUACUAUGUGAAGGAAGUCCUGAAUAAGCAUGAACUGCAGCGCUUCUACUCCUUGAGAAACAUCAGCACAGAUGUGGGAAGAGGGCGAGCUUGGCUGCGCUGUGCCCUCAACGAACACUCCUUGGAGCGCUACAUUCACAUGCUGUUGGCAGACAAAAUUAGACUGAGCAUUUUCUAUGAAGAUUGGGCCUUUGUGAUGGAUGAAGAACGGUCCAGCAUGCUCCCUACCAUGGCAGCUGGUUUGAAUUCUAUACUCUUUGCUAUCAACAUAGACAACAAGGACUUGAACGGGCAGAGUAAGUAUACUGUCUCUGACCUCUUAAAGGAGUCUACUCAAAAUGUGACCUCCUUGCUGAAGGUAUCCACCCAAGGCAUUCUUCGAGAGAUCACAGCAUCUCCUGCUGUCUCCAUUCUAAUCAAACCAGACCAGGAAUCUGACCCUCUACCAGUUGUAGCCAGGAAUGUCAAUGCUGAUGCAAAAUGUAAAAAGGAUAGGAAAAAGAAAAAGAAGGUGACUAAUAUAAUUUCAUUUGAUGAUGAGGAAGAUGAACAAAACUCUGGGGACAUUUUUAAGAAGACAGGUGGAACAGGAGAAAGCUCAGAGGAGAAUUCAGAUCGAUCAUCAGUUAAUAUCAUAUCUACUUUUGAAAGUCCCUUUGGGCAAAAUUCUAAUGGAAGCCAGAGUAGCAACUCUUGGAAAAAUGAUUCUAUGUCUUUUAAUGGAGAAUAUGGAUACCAGAAGCUGGAUGUGAAGAGUAUUGAUGAUGAAGAUAUUGAUGAAAAUGAAGAUGAAGUUUAUGGAAAGUCAGUUGGUCAAAAAAACAUAGAAGAUCACAAAGAGGUUUCUGAGAAGCCCCUGGAUGGCAACACCUGUCUUUCACAAAUGCACAGCUGGGCUCCCCUGCAGGUGCUUCAUGGUGAUUCUGAUGUCCUGUUUCCUCUCAGUGGAGUAGGAUCUUAUGCCCCAGCAGAUGCCACCUUAAAUAACCUGGAGAAUGGCAGUGGACCCCAGAGCAGCAUUCUCACUGGUCCUGAACUUCAAUACAGUGUGGAAGCCAGUCCUCCAGUCCAAGGGAGCCCUUUAAGCAGCCUCUUGCCUUCCACACCUGUGCCAGAAUCAAUGACAAUUAGAGACUGGGGCUUCCUUGGAGAGUUGAAAGAAGACAGGCUAAAUCUUCAGUGUGAGACAAAUGAACUGCGUCAAGCCAUUGUGGCUAUGAUGAAUAGAAAGGAUGAACUGGAAGAAGAAAACAGAUCAUUGCGGAACCUGCUUGAUGGAGAGAUGGAACAUUCUGCAGUGCUCAGGCAAGAAAUUGACAACUUGAAACGAAAAGUAUCAGAACAGGAGGAACGACAUGUAGCAAAGAUCCAGGCAUUGGCAAGAGAAAAUGAAGUGCUGAAAGUACAGCUCAAGAAAUACGUAGGAGCUGUCCAGAUGCUGAAAAGAGAAGGACAAACAGCUGAAGUUGUGCCAAACCUUUGGAACAUUGAUGGAGAGGUUACGGUCCCUGAGCAAAAGCCUGUUGAAGUCAGUGAGGAACUAGCAAGCUCCUAUGAAAGAAAGCUCAUAGAGGUGGCAGAAAUGCAUGGAGAACUUAUAGAAUUCAAUGAGCGACUGCACAGGGCUCUGAUUGCUAAGGAAGCUCUUGUAUCCCAGAUGAGACAGGAACUCAUAGAUCUUCGAGGACCUGUGCCUGGAGAUUUAAGUCAAACAUCUGAAGACCAAAGUUUGUCAGAUUUUGAAAUAUCAAAUCGAGCUUUGAUAAAUGUCUGGAUUCCUUCCGUUUUUCUUCGGGGAAAGGCUGCCAAUGCAUUCCAUGUAUAUCAGGUCUAUAUCAGGAUAAAGGAUGACGAAUGGAAUGUAUAUAGAAGAUAUACAGAAUUCAGGAGUUUGCAUCACAAGUUACAGAACAAAUAUCCUCAAGUGAGGGCCUAUAGUUUCCCACCUAAAAAGGCCAUUGGAAAUAAGGAUGCAAAGUUUGUAGAGGAGAGAAGAAAGCAACUACAGAAUUACUUAAGAAAUGUUAUGAACAAAAUAAUCCAAGCGGUUCCAGAGUUUGCAGCCAGUCCCAAAAAAGAGACUCUUAUACAAUUGAUGCCAUUUUUCAUUGACAUUACGCCUCCUGGAGAACCAUUAAGCAAAAACAGUCGUACAAGAGUGGCUUCUCGCUUCCCCAAGUUAUCCCGGAAUCAUCCGAGAGAGCCCCGCAAUGUGGAACCGCAGAGUGGUGACCUCUGAGCCAUUGUGGACCCCCAGAUGCUGGUGCUGUGUACUUUCCAAACUGGCCCAGUGCUUCUGACCUGUCUAUAGACCGCUGGCUCCUUAAGCCUCAGAGGAAGAAUCGGUCAUGGUACAUUAACCCUGGAAAAAGGACACCAUCCACACCAUGGUUUCCCACUCUGAUUAAACAGGUCACCCAGAAGGCAGCCCAUGCUCAUUGUCCUAAAGAAAAAGACUCCUCACCUGGAGAUGCAGCCGCAUGGUAACCAAUUUCCCCUCGGCUGCUGCCUCUUUGCAUUCAAAUUUUCCCAGCUGUGUCUUAAGGCAGCCUAAGAUUCACUGCCCUUGGCCUCUUGCAGGAAGACACCUGCUGCAGCCAGUAAGAGGCACAAGGAGCACCGGGUCAAGAGACCAGAUGUCUUUGUUUUUGAGAGGCACAUCUGAGAUUUUUCACUUCAUCAGAAAGUUAUGAUUGAAAACAACCUCUGACUUUUUUUCCUUUGGAGGGAAAUAGGACAACUGUUAUUUUGUUUCUUCUAUAUAAUUGUCUGCUACUACCCACUGGCUCCUCACUAUCAUUUGGGGGCUUUCUGUAUGUUAAAAAUACACCAAGCACUAUAGUACAGGUGACCCAAAUAACUAUCUCCAGGCAUCUCUUUCCUAGUGAUUGAUUCCCUGUGACUCUUUUGGGGAAGAGCCUAGUUAAGUGCAAGAUUUUGGUGACUUUUUAUUUUUAAAGCAACUCCUUUGUUUUUGCCAUAGGAAGGGGAACAUCCCUAAAUAUAGCUCUUUUCCCAAAUAAGACUGAACAGUUUAAUAAGAUAGUUAAUACCAAGGUAAUCCAGCCUUGAAUGGAAUUCUGAGCCUUUUGUUGGGUCCCAUGACAGGUUGUCAACCUGACUGUUACAGAAAUUAUCUACAGCAUUGAAACUGGAGGCUGUUUGGGCAUUCUUAUGUUAUACAACAUAUGCAAUGGGUUGGAAGAGGCAAAAAAGACCCACUAGUCAUUGACCAUUGUAGAAAAAGAAUGUCUUGUGCCUUAGGAGUAACCAAGAGGCUGAAAAAAUUAGAGGUUGAGUUCCUAGGCUUUUCCGAUGAGUUUUGACCUAAAUAUUUUUGGCCCUCACUAUUCAUUCAUCUUCACCCCCCAAAAAAAUCAUGCUUUCUCCCUCGUUUCCUAAAUGUAGUUUUUAUGAUAGACUUUCCCUUCCCUUAUUUUCAUUUGGAGACACUCCUUGUUCCCAAUCGUUUGUACAUUAAGUUAAAUAUCAGAUGAGGAAGAGGGGUCAUUAACUCCAAAGUGAUAUCAGCAACUGGAACUUGAGAGGAAAGAUAAGAAUUUCACAUGACCUCUAGUUAGGAAAAAGAACCCAAAACAAGGAAAUGUUGCCUCCAUCAACCAAGGACACUGAAGAAGGAAAUCUAACCUCCAUCAAACAUAACUUAAUGUCAUGGUGCUCUAAACUUAUAUGAUAUGGCCUCAUAAUACUCUGAGAAAGUGAAUGUGAUGCCAAAAUACCCAAAGAGCAAGUCAGCACAUCUGAACAAAAUCAUGAGAUGAUACUCCCACUGUCCUCUGUAGCCACUGAGAUAAUUUUUAAGCUAAAAGUUUCAAAAAUUAGAGUUGACCCAGGACAACGGAAAGGGAUGGAAAAAAGAUUGUAUGAAGAAACAUAAAAGGGUUUGGGGUUCUGGGACAGAAAAAGCCAACAGGAAAUGUAAUAAUCACGUAGAAAUAUGUGGAUGGUCAUUAUUAAAAGACUAACUGCACUCAGGCUAUAGCCAAUUUGAACCUUAGUCAGUCAGUUAGUCAAUAAACUUUUAUUAGGUGCCUAGUAUGUGCCAGGAGGCAAGUUUUAGGAGAAACUUCUCCUGUUCAAAGAGACUCUUUUUUUGUAUCACAAAUAGAUAGUUCUCAUGGGGCAUAUUGAGCCUUUUUCCUUCAAAACUUUGAAAAAAUAGUCAUGAUCAUUUUAUUGUUACCCAAGAUGGAGGCAGAGACAAAGUGAACAGUUAUAAGCAAAGUGGAGAGCGUGCCCUUCCCAGAGUCAUGAAGACUCCCCUUUCUGAGUUCAAAUAUGGCUUCUUCAGGCACUUACUAACUGUGUGACUCUUGCCAAGUCACUUAACCCAUUUUCUUUCAGUUUCCUCAUCUAUAAAAUGAGUUGGAGAAGGAAAUGGCAAACCACUCCAGUAUCUGCCAAGAAAACCCCAAAUGGAGUCACAAAGAGUCAGAUGUGACUGAAACAACUGAAUAAGAACAAAAGUUAGAAGAACCCUCCAUUUAAGUGAUUCACAUAGGGAUGAAUUAAUGCAUAGAGAAGAAAUUAAAGCUUAGAUUUAAUUAAUUGCUCAAAAACCAUAUACCAGUAGUUUAUCUUAUUGCCAGCUUUCUGGAAUUUUAGAACCUGUAAAGAAUAGACAGAAAGACAGAGAAUAAGAGAGGAGAGGAAUGUGAAGAAGAGGUAGGUAGGUUGUGGGGGAGACAGAGACCUAUCCUCAAAACAAAUUUUGUCUCAGUUUCCCACCAUCUUAUCUUCCCAGGAAAUAUCUUUAGUACAUCAUAACAGGAAAGUCCCAGGGGCCAUUCAUUGGGAACACCAGGAGUCUCUGAAAUACCAGUUAUAAGAAUAUUUUGUCCCUAGUGCUCUAUGGAAGAUUGCUUUGAACACCUAGCUUUGAAUAUAUCCAAAAGUUAAAUAAACAGGGAAAAUUUAAAACCAAAAUGAUCCUAUAUCUCUAUGCCUUGUUUUUUGUUUACUAUAUAUUGUGUAUAUUGAAGAUUUUUCUCAGUUAAAAAAUUGAUAGCUAUGUUCAGGAACUCUACUUGGAAGUGAUUAAGAAUCAACAUCUCAGAAAAGUCCAGGUGUCAAUAGGAAGGAUUGAAUAUCUGUCUACAACUCUCAUAUCUAAUAUUACCUCUAGUAGCAAAAAUACAUAUAGAAUCCCAAGACUGACAAGGCUUCUUUUUUUCUUGUUUUUGGUGGAGUGAUGACUUAAAACUUGUUUACAGUAUGAGUCUGUGUUCAUCUUCUCCAAACAUCACACCAUAAUUCUCCCCCACUAAGAAAAAUCUGCCCAUCAUCAAGGAGUACAAGGAGCCAAGACAGGCAAAUGCUAAAACAGGGAAAGAAUUACGCAUAUUGCCUAUAUUUUUAAAAUCAGUGUUCUUUUUUAGCUUCACUAUUCACUGGGUGAUUUUUUUUCCUGCUCUUCCCAUAUUUAGAUUUUUUAAAAAAUCAUUCACUUGAUGACCUAGAGGAAAACAUUAGGGUUCCAGAUUGCAUUUGCUCUGCCUUUUUAGCAUCCAACUCCCUGUUUUCAAGAUCACGUAGAAAUCCUGAAAUCUUUAGUGUACAGACCGUCCUCUGCUAAUUUUAGCUCAAAGACACAUGUGACACAAAAAUUACAUCAAAUACAGACAGCCUUAACUUUGGAAUCCUGUAUUGUGCACUGCAAUUAUCAAUCCACUUAACACUUUGGAUUUUUCUCAUCCUUUGCCUCAAAUGAAGUUGGGUGAAUUAUAAGAAAAUGGGAAAAAAUCUACCUCAGAAGGAACAGAAUCAAUAUUUAGAGCAGUAGAGCAAAAACAUAAGUUUAUGCACACUGGUCACAGAUCAUAAAAAUGCUAAUGGUACUCUAGAACCUAAGGUCAUAAGACUCUGUGUCCUUCACUCCCCAAAGCACAGCCCCAACAUUAAAGGCAAUAGAUUCAUUCUUCCCCAUGCUAUCUUUCUCUGAUGCUGUGUGCUAUGUUGCGAGUAGCUGUUAAUCAUGGUUGCUUGUUUCCUCAAAAACAAAAAAAGACAUGUUUUAUGUGAAGUCCUGAUGGUAUAAGUAAGGUUCAGGAAAAUGUUGGCUAGUUCUGGAAAAGACAAUUAAUAGAUAGUCAUAUCUCUUCUACUGAACAGAUGGAUAAAACUACUCUGAGAAACUUUUGAUUCUGGUCUUGCUAGGGUCUAUAGAAUAUACAGGUCAAUUAGAGGGAUAUCUCUUAUAGAAUAAACAUCCCAGUGAUGAGAGAAGGAACGAAAAGGAAUUCCAGUUAAUUGAAAAUAAAAUAAAAAAUAAAAAGCCUUUUUUCCCUAAAACCCUCAAAGGCAGCUGUCUUUACACUUCUUUGUUCAAGGACAGUAGGGAUGAAAAAUUAAUUGUUUAAGGAUUGUUAUAGGCAGCAUUAGCCAAGCAACAAGUUGGACUUGUAAGAAUAAAUUCCCUGUUGAAAAAAGAUGUUGUCCCUAUAAUUUAAGUCAGAGAAAAUUUUGAAAAGAAAAGAUUGAGAGCAUUUCCUUGGUUUUGUCUACCUUGGGCUCAAUAGAAACCGUAGACUUUCCAAGGUUGGCCCUCUAACACAUUAAUACAUUAAUCCUUAAUUCAAAGAAAUUCAAGGCUUUAUGCAAAGAAUAUCAACACUUUUGAAUAGCAUAUUUUGUUCAUUAUCCAUAAGGAAAAUGAUUUAUCUGUUGUCUGAUUGAGCAAAAGCAAUCCAGGGCUAUGAUUAGGGUCAAUUAUUGUCAGUCUUACUGGGUUUUCACUUUGUUGAACAAGAUAAAAUACAGCAUAACUGAAAUUAUGUGGCUGAAAUUGUUGAUACUAUUUUCACCAAAACUAGUUGCCAUCUACAGGAAGAUCAUGCUACUUGUCAUUGCCAGGCACAUAUAUUCUGCAUCAAUAUAAAGCAAGUCUAUCCUUUAGGGAAGCACACACACACAUACACACAGAGCACAGCACACACCAAAUAAUAGCACCAAUUUUGUCCUCAGUAAGAUAAUAGACUGGUAAAGAGGCUUACCUAGACAAGACUAUUAAGUCUCAUGUUGUUAGAUGGGUUGAUAACUAGACCAGUCCAAUUUAGGUUCUUGUUUACAAAAGGAUUGUCAGAACAUGUUGUAAACAAAUGAUACAGUCUUGUACUAUCUAAUUCAAGACAUAAAUCAUGGAGAUUGAAUUAAUAUUGGCAAGUAUUUAGAGACAAGGCACAAUUACAUCAUUCCAUGGACUGCAACUUUAUUAAAAUAAGUUCUUAUCCUUGACCAAUUGAAGAAUUAGAAUAAAUUUUACAGGGAGUUUUUUAGAAAGGUGUGUGUGUGUUGUAACGUAAUUUCACGUGGUUUAUACAGGUCAAAUUUGUAAAUAAGCUAUUAACUAUGAUUCAGAAGGAGCCACAGUUAGUUACUAGGUCUUGGGACGACUGUGAGUACUAUGGAUGUUGAUGAAUGUUCACCAGCAAAAUUGAAUGAAACAAAAAUGCCUUCUUGAAAUGUCCCAUUUCAUUAUACCGAAGGCCAUGUUCCAAGCAAAAUGAAGGCCUGAGAUUAUUCAUAUUAACUGGUUUGGUUCUUCUCCUCUUUUAGGUAGAAUCUGUCUGUCCAUAGAGAGCUGAGAAUUCAAUUGUACUACUUUUGAGGUAUCAAAGGGGUGAAGCACUCUUUGUCCUUGCUAGCGCUGAAGCCUUGUCACUAAGGCAGUAGACGAGAGGUAAGAGUUGGGCUCGUCUCAACUAGCCAGUCCCAUGCCUAUCUUCAGUCUCAAGCUUCAUAUGCGGCUCAGCCAACAUGACUUGUUAUGUUCUUUUCCCUUUGAGCCCUCCUCCCCCAACUAUAGAUGAUACACAUUUCAGGGUGUUUUUUUUAAGGGAUAAAGAAAUUCUUCAUAUAAAUCAUACCCAUCCAUGCAGGGUAGUAAGUUUCCCAGACUCCUUUGCUUGAUUUCUCACUAACCAACAAUUUUUGGUGAAUUUUCCCAGUUUUUCAGGCAUGACCUUCAGCAUACAAGUGCAACUCCCUUUUAAAAAAAUCUUUUUAAAAGUUAUAGUAAACUUGUAGCUGAUAAGGUGGAGGCAUGGAGAAGGCUCCUCUGGAAAUUAAUUUCAUUCCAUAGUUGAAAUCCCACCCUACCAUUCACUCUUGGGAAUGCCAUGUUUUGGCUUCCAUUUUUUAGGAAAGAGGAUUUUCUGCCAUUGUGUCAACUCUUUCCUCACCUGCCAUAAAACUGUUAACGUCACACAACUUGGUAAUUGUCAUACCUAGUCAGAAACCAAUGGACAACCUGUGAAAUUGGGUCUCAAUAUAGGGGUUCUUGGAAAAUUGCUACAAGUGGUCUUCUGCCAGAGCUUCACUGAGUCCCUCCUGCAGGGCACUGAAAGUUGCUUAGCCUCUAGAGCCAAGGGGCUACCUCAUGUUUCAGUUUGUAAAAUCACGUCCCCUAUUUCCCAUUAUUCUCUUCUCUGUGUUUAGAUCUUUCAGCCAUCUCCAUGGUCUAGUACUUUCAGAGCUAGAGAAGCUUCCAGGAAAAUAUGCUUUUUCAUACUUAGCAAAAUCUAUUGUAAUUAACACUUUUCAAAAUAUUGUGUAUUGUUUCAUUAAACUUAACAUUAAAUGUUUGCUUUUCCAAAUUUUGUUCUGUUCUAUUUUUGCACAGUUGUAGCACUGUAUAUUUUAUCUAACAUUUCUGUGCCAAAAAGUUCAUUUUAUGUUUCCAUAGCAUAUGAUCUUGGUUAUAUUUCUAAAACAAAACAGCAAUUAAUGUAUCAAUAGGAAUGAGUAGAGUGUAGAACUGAGGUGAUUUUUUUUUGAGGAGGAAAGGAGAGAUGGGCUAAUAAAUUAUAUCUUUCCUAAUCUUAUUUAAAUACAUGUGAUUGUAAUGUGUAAACUGCUUUGGUGGUAGUUAUUGCCCGCUUACCCCACAAUAAUUGCUCUAUUAUAGACAAAUAUAAGUCUCUGACAUCUCUAAAUUCUGACAUGUAGGCUUAUUUUGGGACAAUGCCAAAAAUGGAAGUUCUUGGGUUUCACCCCUCAAUAACCAAUAGGAACAACUUCCUAGCCAAUAAAAUCACUUUUUUUAGCCAUUUUUAAAAAGCAACAAUCCAGGACAGUUAACAAAUGAACACAGUUGUUUUCUGAAAAGGUCUGAUUACUCGUUGUUCUGAGGUCCUAUGCUUAGACCUUUCAACUGAUUCAGAUACUAGAAUUUUAAUAUUAAUUCAUCAUGUUUGGAAAACCACUGUCUUGGCCACAUCCAACCACCUUACGGCAUGUUUUCUUUGAUUUUCUUUAGUCUUGCUUCCUGUCUGCAUGAACAGAAUGGAAUGCACCAUUGCUCCAAGAUCCCCUUUGAAAAGUUAUAUUCUUUGUGGGGUGGAAGUAAGAGGGGCAGAAUUUAGGAACACGGAGCUCUCAGGAGACUCAGGAUGACAUAGGGUCAAAAAUGGCAUCUCCUAGAGGGUCAGUCAGAGUUGCUGACAGCUAAAGAAAAGUGAAAACUCUAACAUACAUUUCUACAAUGCAAAAAUGCCUAGUGAGUAUUCUCAUUAGCUAGAAUUCUUGGAAAGAAUUUAUUUACCUAGGUAUCAAUAGAGUAGCCAUUGCUAGAAUUAUCCCUUGAAGAGUAAAUAUAGCCUCACUCCUCAGGCAGACACAUUGAAGAGGGCACUCUAAAAGAAUCAGUUUGAAAAGGAUAAAUCCCAAGGAGAGUUGAUUAGUGAAUGGAAUACGAGAGAAUUUUCUUUGGUCUGGACCCAAACCUGUAGGCAACUGGCCAAACCAGGGUUAUCUGUUGAUUGUGCUCUUGUUAGCUGAAUGUAAAUUGUAAGAAAGAUCAUUUUCAUUCUAAAGUAGUAUGUAUGUAUAUAAGGCAUACAGAUAUGCAUUUAUGUACUGGAAUGUGUAUUAUUAUUUUAACACCUCUUCUGUUACAGUUUACAUAAUAGAAUUUUUAAACAAAUGUAUUUAAUUUUCUAAAAAAAAACUUGUAUUAAAUAUUUCUUUGGAAAUAAGCUGUGGUAAUUUUGUUAUAAUCCAGUUGAAAAUAUGCCUCUUUAUGAUAAUAAAAUUAAAAUAGUGACAUUUUUUAAAUUAGAAGAAACUAUGUUUACAGCCUAUGAAUAAUUCUUGAUUCUGCUAAAAUUGUCUAUUUUUUGUUCUCUUUUUAAAUGGCCAUUGUUAACAUCUACUGGUCUGCUGCUUAAUUUCCCAUAUGUUAUAUUAGACACCUGGUUUUUGAUUAAGGAUAGUGUCCUCAUUAAUUUUAUUUGAUGUGAACUGCAGUAGAACUCUGUUAUUGCAACAGGUAUGUCAUUGUACAGAUUGUUUAAUGCAAAUUCGGGUCUCCUAGUCAUAAUUCCAUAUAGUAAAUGGUUGCUAUGUAGCACUUUAACGAAAUGUAGAGGUUAGUCCUGCAUUAUCAAAGAUGUGCCAUUGCAUUGAUUCUAUGAGAGAUGUUUGUAGAAAUUAGCUAAUUCAGAUAGAUGAAUGUUCAUAAGAUAAUAGAUUUAGAGAUAGAAGGAACCUUAAAAGUCAUCAGAUCCAACCCCUUCAUUUUACAGAUGAGGAAACUGAGGCCCAGAGGGCUUAAAUGAAAUCUUUGUCCAGUAUCAUAUGACCAGUGACAAAGGCAGUUCUUCUAUCCGUUAUAUCACAUUGCUCCAUUAUGAUAAAGCCUUAGAAAGUGAAGUGUUGGUCAAAUAUGUUUUUUCCAAAAAUUAAAAAACAAAGCCUUCCAGUUGUUUCUGCCAAAAGUUCUUGACAUCACUUGGGAAUACACUUCUGUGUAAUGACUCUACAAAUACCUUCCCAGCAAAAGUCUAUUAAAAGCAGAAUGAAAUCCUGGUACUCAAAAAGAAGGGGUUGGGAAAGAAGCUUAAUUAAAACAUUAUUAUAAAUGAGGAUAGUGCAGACAUUAAACGCAAGCUACUUCUAUGCGUAACAAAAUAUGCCAAAGAGCAUGUCAGCUAGCUUUUCUCUGUUCUCUAUGGUGAUGGUUGAAACUGAGCCUCAGAGAAUUUUAAAGAUUCAGUUUAGCUCUUUGAAUUUAAAAGUCUUUUCCUUCAUUGUUAUGCUAUCAGGGGUUGGGAGGACAACUAAAAGAGUAGUUGGCUUUGAAGUAGAGUUACUGCUGUCAUCAAGAAGCACUUGUCAAACUUGGUGACCUUGACAAUGGGCCAGAGAGUUGUCUUUGCUAAUUAUAUUACUAUUGAAACCCAAACACUUCCAACUUCCUAUUUACUACAUCUAGUAUACAUUCAGCUUGAUUUUUAAGGCCCUCCAUAAUCUGACUUCACUUAUCUGAUAUCCAGUCUUCUAUUUCCUAUUGCCCUCUAACCUGUCCAGAUCUCACCGUCCCACAAUCUCAUUUCAUUGUCCUUGUGCCUUCACUUCCAUGGACUCUUUCACCUGGAAUGCCUUUUCCUCUCUUCCUGAUCAAAUACACGAAGCUGUCCAUCACAAUUCCCGCUCUCACCGAUCACUCACUUUCCACCAAACUCUUAGAUCAUUUAUAUUGGCUGUGCUAUCCACUUGAAUGUCUUAAUUGUAUUCUAUCUUUUUUUCUAAUAGGCUAAUAUUUUCUUCAUGUGUGUUCAUCUUAUGCUUAACUAAUCUGUAAGCUCUAUGAAGAUAGGGACUAUGUUUGGUAUCAUCUGUAUUAUUUGCUUAUCAUAAUAAAUCUGUAAUAAUGAGAAACUGAGGCACAAAAA